AUGUCGGUAAGUGUCGGAGCGGCGACAGCAGAUGAAGUAACUAUCUACUUUUCAAGAGAUCCAGCGUCGUGGCCAAAAAUCGAUGAAACCUUGCGUUCAUACUGGGUGCAAAAAGGACCAUCAUCCUGUCAAAAUAGAGACUGUGACUUCAAUGGGUCGGCACGUAGUUAUGAAGAAGGUAGCAAGACGAAGAUAAGAACUUUACAGAAAUCACUUUUCAAACGACGGCUACAGAAUGGUGAAACUGUGGAUCGCGAAUGGCUUUUAUAUUCACCGUCGGAAGGACAUGUUUAUUAUUUUGUUUGCCGUUUGUUCGCCUCUGAAGUAAGUCCCUUUUCGUUGGGGGGGUUCAACGAUUGGAAGCAUGCAGCUACUCGUGUUGCAGAGCACGAGCACAGUACUCGGCAUAUGAAGUGCCUGUUGACAUAUCAUUCGCGUAAAAAGGAGACUGGUUGUAUCGAUACAGAAUUGCUAUCGCAGUUGCACGAUGAACAAAAUUAUUGGGAAGAGGUCUUGAAAAGAGUAGUUGCAGUCGUAAAACUUCUCGCAUCGCGAGGUCUCGCAUUCCGAGGUGAUAAUCAAACCAUAGGAUCACCUCGCAACGGCAAUUACUUAGGUAUACUAGAACUUUUCGGUCAGUUUGAUCCAUUCAUUGCUAAAUAUAUCAGCACCCAUGCGAAUAAAGGGAAAGGUACAACUUCGUACUUAUCAGCCAGCACUUGUGAGGAGUUUAUAGAGCUGAUGAGUGAAAAAGUAGAUAUGUACAUUGUUGCUGAAUUAAGAGAAGCAAAAUAUUACUCUCUCAGCGUAGAUUCCACUCCUGACAUCACCCACACAGAUCAGUUGACAUUUAUUGUACGGUAUUUAAAUAAUAGCGGUCCAAUCGAGAGAUUUCUAGAGUUCAUUUCAAUCCACGAACAUGGAGCCGAGUAUAUGGCAGAUGUAAUUGUUAACUUUUUGCGAGAUAAUCACAUUUCCUUAGCUGAUUGCCGUGGUCAGUCGUAUGAUAAUGCGUCCAAUAUGGCAGGUCGUUAUGCGGGAUUGCAAGCAAAGAUUAGAGAUCAGAACAAAUUUGCUGAAUUCGUACCAUGUGCAGGUCACUCCUUGAACUUGGUAGGCGUUAAGGCAGCCGAAUGUAAUUCGCAUAUGACAUCGUAUUUUUCAUAUCUGCAACGAUUAUAUACAUUUUAUUCUGCUUCACCAUAUCGUUGGCAGAAUUUAGUCUCUGUAUUAGGUCCAGAACAUAAAGUCAUGAAAGCACCAUCUACUACGCGGUGGUCAGCUCGUGCUGAUGCAGUGAAAGCUUUUUCUAAGGGGUAUAAUCAAGUUCGCAUAGCUCUUGACGCCUUGUCAAACAAUGAACGACAGUCAAGUGAAACGAGACAUGAAGCUAAAUGCAUCUGCAAAAAAAUGGAUAAAAUUGAAAUUGCUUUUCUGACUGUGGUGUGGAAUGAUCUCUUGACUCGCAUUCACGAAACAAACUUGACUUUGCAGAAGGAAGAUAUGAAUCUAUCUUUAGCAGUAAUUCUGAUCAAAUCUCUGGAGGCAUAUAUUCAAGAUUGUAGAGAUAAAUUUGCUGCUGACUUGGAUAAAGCAAUGGUUUUAGUAAUGAGGGAUUCGAAUUCCAAUCAGAGAAUUAGGCAACGAAGUGUUAGACUCACGCGCUUCGAGGGACAAGCUGAGCACGUGGCACUCGAUGAAAAUCAAAAAUUAAAGAUUGAAAUGUUUCUUCCUAUCAUUGAUUCUAUCAUUCAUAAUCUGACAGUACGCCGCAAAGCCUAUGAUCGAUUUAACGAUAAUUUCGGAUUCUUCCUGACUCCACGAACCAUGAACAUUGAUCAAAUCGCUGAUCACUGUGAAAGUCUCGCACACUUUUAUCAUGAGGAUAGAAACAAAGAAAGUUUAAUAGCAGAGUGCGUUCAACUCAAACACUAUUUGCACCAGAUUGGAGAUCUAGAGGGAGCGAUAUCUAUGUCUGAUCUAUACAGACAAAUAAAAACCGACGGUUUAGAAACCCUGUUUCCUAACGUAGAAAUAUCACUUCGUAUAUUUCUGUGUAUGAUGGUUACGAACUGUAGUGGCGAGCGCUCAUUUUCGAAACUUAAACUAAUCAAAAAUGAAAUUCGAAACACAAUGACGCAAAAAAGAUUAAAUAACCUUUCUCUGCUUAGUAUUGAGUCUGAUUUAGUAGACAUCAUUGAUUUUAAAAAUCUUAUUACCGAUUUUGCCGCGAAAAAAUGCAGAAGAAAGGCAAGAAAUAGGAUAAUAGGGGGGCCCCGAAGAUUUCCUGGCCCAGGGCCCCCGCAUUCUUAA